AUGUUUGUUCGCCCCGUGGUCCUCGGCUUUUGUGACUAUCUUUGCGUUAUUCUCUUCUACGAAUACCCAUUGUUUGCUGUAGCAGCAGCAGGAAUGGGAGGAAAUUUCCGAGUGGUGAACAGACGGGACAUUGAUGAACUUCGUGAUGCAAUGCUUGGUUUCGACAGGAACCUUAAAGCACCUACCUUAGAAGAUAUGAGGAAGAAGAAGGAGAAAGAGAUGAAUGCUGAAUUGCUGCAAAUCGAAGAAAGUCCGAGUGAAGAAGAGAAAGAAAGGAUAGAAAGAUUGAGAAUGGCUGCCGAGGUGAGAAGGAAAGAAGAAAAACGGCUUUUGGGAGAGUUCAGGAAACUGGGUCUUGUAAAUGAUGAUGAAAAAGAGCUUGAAGAAGUCAAGGAUAGCAGCACAAAGCGCCGUCUGGAACAAGCAAAGUGA